CAGCCUGUGUGAUUGUCUGACCGCGCUUUUCUUCAUGUACUCUAGGAGGGCUACUCUGGUUUCUCCAGCUGUCAGGGCUGUCGAAGGUGUGAAUGCGGGCCGGCCUCCCUCCGCCCCACCUGCCACCCCCUCACCCACAGCUGCCCGUGCCGCCCGGGGGCCGGGGGCCGUUACUGUGAGCGUUGCCUCCCCGGCUACUGGGACUAUAUCCCCUCUGGCUGCCAGAAGUGUGACUGUGAGAGCGGACACUGUGAUAUGCAUACAGGAGAGUGCCUGUCAGAGGCUGCUGUCAACCUGUGCAACAUCAGUUGUGAUGAGUGCAUUUGGCAUCUGAUUGGAGACUUGCGGCAGUCCAAUAAGACGCUGGACCAGCUGAAAGUGGCAGUGCUGAACAUCUCCUCCGGGGCUGCAGCCAACGACAGGCUCAAAUACUACAACUACACUGCUCUACGACUGCAGACUCAGUUUCAAGGCUGGAGAAACAAGUCAGCUGUGAUGAAGGCCCAGGCGGGGGAGCUGGAGAAGAACACAGACGCGGUGGUGUUGGACAUCAAACAGCUGGGAGACUCGGUCAGGAGAGCAUCAUCUUCCAAUUAA